AUACAUCGCAGAGAAAGCGGGUACUGCGAGGCACCGGCCCGCCACCAACGCCCCCUUCAUUUUCAACAUCAAGACAGUGGGCGGCAUGAUCCUGCUCAAAGUCAAGUUCACAGACUGCUUUGUGGAGAUUGCCAAACUCGUGCAGCAAUGUAAGCACAACCAUUUCAAGGACGCAGCACUACAAGCAGAGUCGGAGAGCGUUCUAAGAUUGACGCACAGGGAAGGCAAGGAGUGGGUGGUGCUCAGUGUGGGGCCGUCAGGCAAGCCAAGUCCGUGGGAGGGCAACUGCAGCGACGCCAUCCCUGCCACCCUAAUAAGCGGGCAGGCGCUCAUAGGG